AUGUCUGCACCUCAUCAUGAUUACAGUCGACGAAAAGAUUCCAACUCCAUAGAGGGCUCCUCCUCCUCCUCCCGAUCCAAUCAACAACAAGCACCUCAACCUCUUAGCCGAUAUGAGUCUCAGAAACGCCGAGACUGGAACACUUUUGGCCAGUACUUGAAGAACCAAACACCCCCAGUCUCUCUCUCUCAAUGCAACUGUAACCAUGUCCUCGAUUUCCUUCGCUACUUGGACCAGUUCGGGAAGACUAAGGUUCACUUACACGGGUGUGUCUUCUUCGGGCAGCCUGACCCUCCUGCCCCGUGCACGUGCCCGCUUAGGCAGGCAUGGGGCAGCCUGGACGCGCUGAUCGGCCGCCUCCGUGCGGCGUACGAGGAGCACGGAGGGUCGCCUGAGACGAACCCUUUUGGGAAUGGAGCUAUUCGGGUUUACUUACGUGAAGUGAAGGAGUGUCAGGCUAAGGCAAGAGGGAUUCCAUACAAGAAGAAGAAGAAGAAGAGAAACGGUCAGCUUAAGGCAAUUAACGACGAGGCUAAUAAGGGUUUGAAGCAGAUCACUUCUUAA